CUUAUAAGCUGUCUCGAUGCAACAAUUGCCAUAACCUCUCUCUCUCCAAAUCUUCUUCUGAGGUCCUGAGACUGCAUCUCAAAAGACUUGGCGGACGAACAGAUCCUACGGGCUCGCAGGAACUGACCCACUGGUUAGUACCCAGGUGGCCAGUCGCAUCCACCUGGAAAACCACGUCCUAAAACUCAACAUUCGUACGGGCCACCUUAAAGCAGAAAUGGAAAGUUUUAUUUAUCAUCCGGUCUCAGCUAAAUGCAUGGAUAUGUCACCACCACCAGCUCGAGUCUGGAAGAUCAUCCCUUUCGUCAGUCUGAUUUCCCUGCAAAACGCUGAUGGUUCCUGGAAUCUUACCCCAAAAUUCUGCUCCAUUCUGGGAAUAUCAGAGCAGGACAUUAACAAGAAUCCAGAUCAGAAUAUGGACUCAUCAGUGUGGGCUACGGUCUUGGCGGUGAUCUGGAUCCAUGCAUCUUGUCUGGACCAGAGAGAGGAAUGGGAAUUACUGGAAGGUAAAGCCAUCUCCUGGCUUAAGGCUAAAGCAGGUUCCUCCUUGGAUCAGUUGGUCAGAGCUGGAAAUGAUCUGCUGAAAUCCUCAGUGAAUCCUAAUGUGUUUGGCCUGUGAGUAGAAGAAUGAAGAUGGUGGAGGUCUUUGGGUACGACCAGACGGUCAGGUCUCUGCAUGCAGUUUUGGAAGCCAAAAUCAGGAGCGGAUUAAAAAAGGAGAGAAAAUAUAAAGGAGAAAUAGAACUUCUCCUGUUUUUUUUUUUCUUAACUCACUUCUGGUUUGGGCUUCCGAAACUGCAAGCAGAAACCCGACUGUGUGGUUGUACCCUUCUAAGGAAUACUGCCGCCCUCCAGAAUUUUACUGCUUCUCACCUUUACUUUGGAAUCAAUUUUCAUGAUCUAAUUUCUGUGUCUUAUUACUCUUGAAAUGAGAUACAAGCCAAAGAUGCAAAUGAUAAGUCUAGAGAAUCAUCUUUUAUAUUCUCAUUACACAGACCUGUUAAUGUUCACUUAUUUUUAGAAUGUACAGAGCAGCUCCACUGAAAUAUAUGCAUACAUGGAGAGAGGCCUUAGGGGUGUACUGACACUUGGGAAAGUAGUAGUGCAGAAGAAAACCAUUCUACAAUGCCACCCUAAAAACUGGAUUAUUUCUUACUACACUCAAUCAAUAGAUACCAAUCAAUAGUACAUGUGAAUAUAAGAAAUUUUGUAAUGCAUUUAAUCAGAGAAAUUAUGCCUCAUUCUACACUUUCAGCAUUUUCUCUCCCUCUCCUCCUAAAUCAACAUUCAUUGCUAAAUCCACCUUGAGAGACUGAUAAGGACUGUCAGCUCACUGAAGGAUCAGAUUAUAGCUGCCAAUAGGAGUUUAUAGCGAGGGGAGGAGGCGUGAACUACUAGAGGGAAAAAUAAAAACAAAAUUCUGAAAGAUACAUCACAAGGUUUCUUAUAUUAACCUGUAAUAUUGAUGUAUACAACGUUUGUUAAAAGAUUAGUUGUCCAAGAUUGGAAAAACAUGGCUGCUUCAUCCAAAAGCAGAACCACAUCUCUCCACAGGCUGUAUAUGGUAUUACCACUCAGCCCCAUUCAUCUUAGUAGAACUGGGCUGCUGUGGGUAGUGUGUUUGGAAGAAAGCAGCCAUGUGUUUCUAAUCCUGGACAAUCAAAUUACAGUUUUUUCCUCCAUGACCUUGUAUUUAAAUAAAGAUCUGUUGAUGGAAGGUUGCAUGUGUCCUUCACCCAGGCCAGGAGAUCUCUGUUCAUCUUUAUUGGUUGGUGGUAUAAGUCAGAAUCUCUCAGGGCAGCCAAUAAGUUGGCCUUCUUUGGCUUUGCAGAC